UGUACAUGAAGUAAUCAUUCAAAAAAAAAAGGUUGUAUUCACAGUUUGUCAAUUUUCACAGCAGAAACAUUAAAAAUAUUCAUAGACGUAUACGUUUCUUUGAAUUAACUCACAAUGAGAGUUUUGAACUCUUGGAUAACUCAUUUAUAACAAUUGAUACAAAAAGUAUCAUCAACUAUGUCAGAUCUCCAAUGAAGUCUUCGUGGGGUUUGAGUAUCAAGAUGAAGUUUAUGAUAACAGUCUUCGCUUGCUUAGUACUCUGGUCGGUGAUGUUAGUAUCAUUCUCAGACCUCUUCACACACCAGCUUCUUAGCGCUAUAGUCAACGUGGAUUCAAAAGAAGCUAAGGAUAAACUAUUAAGAUGGAUUUUAACCGCUGAUUUCGAUGAGGAUUCUUGCUUGAGUAGGCAUCAGUCUUCCUUGUAUCGCAAGCCUUCUCCACACAAGCCUUCUGAAUACCUAAUCUCUAAGCUAAGAAGCUAUGAGGUACUUCACAGGCGUUGCGGUCCAGGAACAAGAGCUUACAAGGAAGCAACAAAGAAUCUUAUUGGUCAUGAUGAUGAGAAUUAUGCAAAUAGAUCUGUUGGUGAAUGCAGAUACAUUGUGUGGGUCGCGUCUUUCGGGCUGGGAAACAGAAUACUCACUCUUGCUUCUGUGUUCCUCCACGCGCUCUUGACAGACAGAGUCGUUCUUGUUGAUCAAAGCAAAGAUAUUAGUGAUCUCUUCUGCGAGCCGUUUCCAGGCACUUCAUGGUUACUCCCACAUGACUUUCCAUUAAUGGGUCAGAUAGGCAGAUACAACAUGGGAUACUCUCGUUGUUAUGGAACAAUGUUGCGUAAUCAUGCCAUUAACUCAACUUCAGUCCCUCCGCAUCUAUAUCUUCAUAUCCUACAUGACUCAAGGGAUGUAGAUAAGAUGUUCUUCUGCCCUAUGGAUCAAACACUGAUCGAUAAAGUCCCUUGGUUGAUUGUCAAAGCCAAUGUGUACUUUGUCCCAUCUCUGUGGUUUAAUCCAAACUUCCAAACCGAACUAAUCAAACUAUUCCCAAACAAAGAAACCGUCUUCUACCACUUGGCUGGAUAUCUUUUUCACCCGACCAAUCAAGUUUGGGGUAUGGUCACAAGAUCCUACGACGCUUACUUAUCAAGAGCAGACCAAACACUAGGGAUCCAAGUACGUGUUUUCACCAGACGAGCUGGUUAUGUCCAGCACGUGAUGGACCAGAUCGUUGCAUGCACACAAAGAGAGAAACUGUUGCCUGAACUAGCUACACCGGUCAUUAAUGCAUCAAGAAGCAAGAAACUUAACGCUGUUCUUGUCACAUCUCUGAAUCCAGAGUACUCCAACAACCUAAAGAACAUGUAUUGGGAAAGACCAACUUCUACAGGAGACCUUGUACAAGUUUAUCAGCCAAGUGGAGAAAGGUUUCAGCAAACAGACAAGAAGCUACACGACCAAAAGGCGCUCGCCGAGAUUUAUCUUUUGAGUUUAACUGAUAACAUUGUCACAAGCGCAGGGUCUACGUUUGGAUAUGUUGCUCAUAGUCUUGGAGGGUUGAAGCCAUGGUUACUCUAUCGGCCAUUUAGAGGCAGAGCUCCUGACCCACCAUGUGUUCUUGCUGUAUCCAUGGAGCCUUGUUACAUUACUUCUCCUAGUCAUGGAUGUGAGAACAAAAAGAGAAUUGACUUGGCGACAGUCUUUCCUUUUGUAAGACAUUGUGAGGAUACUAGGCAUGAUGGGGUUAAACUAUUUGAUGAUACCAAAGAUGAGUUAUAAAUCUUAUCCUGUUGAAACAAAUAGUUUUUUUUUUAUGAAUAUUGAUUGUAUGUAAA